AUGUGUAAACCGCACCGAUGUCCGCAUAUUGCAAUGACAGGCAACGUCUGUGUUUACUGUCCAGGUGGUUCCGAUUCAGAUUUUGAAUAUUCUACUCAAUCCUACACUGGCUAUGAGCCCACUAGUAUGCGAGCUAUCCGUGCACGCUAUCAUCCGUUAGAGCAGGCGCCAAAGGAGAAUCUAGGAGAGGUCAGUCAGUACGAAAGAGACGAAUUAUUUUCAGAGCAGAGUCAGACAAAAUGUAUUGGAAUUACUAUUGAAACACGGCUUGAUUACUGUCUCAAACUUUAUUUGGGCCAGAUGCUCCGAUAUGGGUGUACUCGUCUAGAGAUAGGCGUCCAGAGUAUUUAUGAAGAUGUUGCACGUGAUACCAACAGAGGACAUACUGUCAAAGCU